UCAGCCUUUGGCCAAGGUUCCCCCUGCUGCUGCAACACGGCUCAACCAACUGAGAUGCAAAAACGCUAUUCUGAAGGUCCCUUCACCUGGGUCUGCCACAUACCUGCAGCAGAGAGCAGUGGUGUCUUCAGUAGCAGCUCCAGUGCAGAUACUUCAAAACAAAAUUAUGGAACAUCAAAGUCAGAAUUUAAAGACAACACUGUCAUUAUCUUUAGGAAGAUUUCACAUUUCUGAAGAUUAUGGGUUUCUUCUUCCAAAUCCUCUGAAAAAGCUUCCAGAUCAUUAUAGACCUUGGAUGGAAAUUGCCAACAAACUUCCCCACUUGAUUGAGAGUCACCAGCUUCGAGCUCACGUGAACAAGAUGCCCCUUCUGAACUGUGAGUUCCUCAAGAGUCAUCGGGAACAGCGCCUGGCCCACGUGGUCCUGAGCUUUAUUACCAUGGGGUACAUCUGGCAGGAAGGAGAGACACAGCCUGAACAGGUUCUGCCAAGGAAUCUUGCCCUUCCCUUUGUGGAAGUCUCCAGGAAGUUGGGACUCCCUCCUAUCCUGGUCCACACAGACUUGGUGUUGACGAACUGGACCACAAAGGACCCUGAAAGGCUCCUGGACAUCGGGAACUUGGACAUCCUUUUCUCAUUUCCUGGGGGAGAAAGCCUGCGUGGUUUUAUACUGGUGACUGUUUUGGUGGAGAAAGCAGCAGUACCUGGGAUUAAGGCACUUGUUCAAGGAGUGAAUGCCAUCCUGCAGGCCAGCCAGGACUCCCUGCUCCAAGCCCUGGAGCAACUGAGACUCUCCAUUCAGGAUAUCACCAGAACCUUAGGACAAAUGCACGAUUAUGUAGAUCCAGACAUAUUUUAUGCAGUCAUCCGGAUCUUUCUCUCUGGAUGGCAAGAUAACCCAGCAAUGCCUGUGGGGUUGAUAUACGAAGGGGUCUCCUCAGAGCCCCUGAAGUACUCUGGAGGCAGCGCGGCUCAGAGCACAGUGCUUCACGCCUUUGAUGAGUUCCUGGGUGUUCGCCAUAGCAAGGAAAGUGGUGACUUUCUGCUCAGAAUGAGGGACUACAUGCCUCCUUCUCACAAGGCCUUCAUAGAAGAGGUGCAGGCAGCUCCUUCACUGAGGCAUCAUGUCCUGUCCUCGGGAAACGGCCAGCUUCUGACUGCAUAUAACCAGUGUGUGGAGGCCCUGGCAGAGCUGCGCAGCUACCACAUAACCGUGGUGACCAAAUACCUUGUCACAGCUGCAGCCAAAGCAAAGAGCAGGAAGCCAAGCCAUCUCCCAGAGGCGCCUCAGGCCUUAGAAGAGAGGGGCACAGGAGGAACUGCCGUCCUGAACUUCCUGAAGAGUGUCAGGAACAAGACCCUAGAGUCCAUCCUCCCACAACGCGGGUGAGAGACGGCUCCUCUCCAGUGGUGCAAAACCAGCCAAUGUCCCACUGGAGGGCAGAUGGGCCUGAAGAAUGGUGAUGGUUCGUGUUUUGCUGGAAUAACACAAAAUCGAUCUCAGUCCUUGGAACAUUGGCUUCUCCUUCCUUUGGUCUUCACAGAGAUUUUUCAUGGCCAGAAAUUCUCCUUUCUCUACCUGAUCACUGGUUAAUCACAAACAGCUUUGGACACUCCCUCAGUAAGAACCCCACAGAGGAGCAAGAGGAUCCCUGUUCUGUUUGCAAAGUGAGGGAAAACCAAUCCAAAUUUCAGAAACCAAAUAAUACUGCCCAUGGACAGAUCACCUUGACGAUUUCUUGAAAAAAAAACCUUAAAUAUUCAUGCAUUCAUUCACUUAAAAUGUAUUAAGUUCCUACUGAGCCCUGGCUUAGGAACCUGAACAGCGGUUUUUGUGGCCCCAGGGCAGCCCUUGUCUCCCUGUGAGUGUCACCUGGCAGCAGGCAGUUGGAAUGCCCCAGUGGAGACGUGGAGAAAACGGGAGGCUAACAACAAGACUCGGAAGUCGCCAGUACGGAAAUGACUGGCUAAUGACAUGGGAACGGAUGAGACUCUUCCACAUGGUUCAUACAUUUUCAGUUCUACUUCAGUUUCCUUUUUUAUUUUUAGAAGAACAAUCCUUUCUCCUUUCACUGAAGGUUUGCAUUUGUAAAAUGAAUUAAUUGACCCUUUGGAAGUAAAUGGGUGAAGUGGGAAUAAACAGUAACUCCACAUGUUUA